UCCGUGAGUGCUUCCGCAGGCCAUGUGCACGCUAGCCACGCCUCUGGUUGGCGCGGCCUACUUCCGGGAGGCGCGGGGCUCUGGCCGAACACGUGUGGGGCUGUGCCGGCGGGAGGAGGGACUCGCGCGGAAGUGGUGCGGCCGCUCGCAUCGUGUGGCCUACUUCCGGCAUAGAGCCUACGGGAGGAAGGCACGCUAGUAGCGCCGUGUAGAGACCCCGGGCAGUGCUCCCCCGGCUGCCAUGGCGGGGCACACGCAGGUGGUGCAGUUCUGCAAUUCCUCGUGGUGCAAUCCUUGUGUGGCAGGAGCCAGUGACCUUUGAGGACGUCGCUGUCUAUCUGAGCCGAGCGGAGUGGGAGGCCAUUUCAGUGAGACAGAGGGAUCUGUACUGCAGCGUCAUGCUGGACAACUACAAGCUCUUGACGUCCCUGGGUUAUCCAGGCCCAAAACCUGACAUUUUGUACCGGAUAGAGCAUGGGGAAGAGCCGUGGCUCUGCAUGCCGCACAGCCCAGUGAUGUGGGACGGACCUGACUGCCCCUCUCCAGGGUAUGGCAGGGAUGUGAGCUGGCUGGAAGAGCCUCCCUUGGGCUGGUGGCCCUGUGCUGGUGAGCGUUGCAUGCAGGAGGAGAAGACACAGACACCCUUCCAAGUACGGCCCCUCUCUCCCUGUCCUGCCACAAUGCCCCCACCAGGAAGAAGGCAAACUCUUCCCAACCCAGUCUCAGCAGGAGGAUGGUGCAUGCAGUGGUGUCUCCAGUCUUCCAGACUGCUGAACAAGUUCAGGUGUCUUGCAGGUCAGAGUGAGUCGCUGUCGGAGGCGGCUGGCAGAGGAGCGGGGCCAGUGGAAAGCGGAAAGAAGGCACAGACAGCCUUGUGUCCUGGGGAGAGAGGAGAAGAUGAAAAAGAGGUCACGGCAAGCACAACCCAGAGCAGAGGAUUCCCCCUUCAGCCAGUGACAGAACAGCAGAACAAGAAGGCACAUCCUUGGGAGCACCUGGAUGGUGAGCCUAGGGAGAGGUUUCAGAGGAGUGGCCCAAAAAGUCAGCGCGCCCUGGGAAAAGUGACAUUUCUGCAGGGAAACAGGAAACUGUCUGUCAAGGAACUGAAUGAGAUUAUUUUGAAAGACCACUGUUACUGUGUGAGGGAGACAUGGCUCUUGCAUUGCGCCUCACAGCUGUGUCCUGUGAGAGAGCACAGCUACUGCAGAAGCCACGAGGUUGGUGUCUCGGUGUUUAAGGGCCACCAGAACCAUCACGUACAAGGGAUUGCUUAUCAGGGUAGAGUUAAAAAAAUUGAUCGUCUUACUGGUAAGGCUCGGGUCAUGCUGCACAGGCUGGAAAAGCGAAGAACCCAAACAGAGCGAAUCAUCAGGAAAGCCAACAGAAUUCUGUGGCAUUACAAGUCUUUUGACAGCAAGAGGCUGAAGUUGCCUCAAGGCUCCUCUAGCCCCACCUGUCCACCUGAGCCUGCUGCCCCUCCUGCUAAGGCAGAAGACAACCCUGCAAAGGGAACAUGCGAGGCAUUUUGUUCUCCUGCAAAUCGGAAAGCUGUGUCCACCAAGCAUCAGAGUGAAGGUGGCUCCCUAGGGCUGUCGCCAGAAGCACUCGGUGCCCUUGCGGUGUCUUUUGAACCCCCACCCUCAAAUGCAGCUGCAGAGGUGGAGAGCAAAGUGACACAGCCCAAGGUGCCUGUACAUCAUGAGGUGCAGAGCACACUGCAGGUCCAGAGCCCCUGCACUAAGCAAAACAUUGAAGAAUGUGAAGUAGUGAAUUCAAAUUAUGUAUCACUGCGUGAUGCAUACAAACUAUUGAUGCAGACUGUUGACCGCUUAUUGGACUCUGUACACCAGAACUUUGAGCUUCAUGGCUGCUCUCAGUGUAAGGAUCGGUGGCCCAUCAUCAUUCAGAUCGACAGCUGAUGGGUGGCACUGCGGGGACCUGUCGAGCUGACAGUCGGGACUGUCUUCCCUGCAGCAAAACCCACUGAAGCGAUCUGAGAGAAGAAACGCUCUGAAAGGGAUGUAGGGGCAGAUCAGUGGGUAUAAAACUUGGGGUGCAGUGCCUGCUGGGGAACCAUCAUGCUGGGAGGCUCAGGGGGAAAGGCCAAGGGGAAGGGAAGGAUUGGUGUGGAUAAAAUGAGGAAGCAUGGAAAAAUGGUGCAGAGGGGGAAGGAUGGACAGCCAUGUGUGAACAGGCACCUGGUCAGGCUGUUUCUGGCUGGGCUGCGCUUGAUUGCAGCGGUUCUUCCUGUCUGCUUAUUAAACUAUUCUAAAUUAU